CGAACAGGAGGCACCUACCGAGCCCCAAGCAUCCAUGGAGGAUCUGGUGGCAGGGGUGUCUCUGUCUCUUCAGCUAGGUAUGUCUCCUCUGUAGGAGGUGGAUAUGGUGGUGGCUUGUGUUCUGGCUUUGGCAGUGGUUUUGGAGGAGGCUACAGUGGCUUUGUCUGUGGUGGUGAUGGCCUGCUCUCUGGCAAUGAAAAGAUAACCAUGCAGAACCUGAACGACCGUCUGGCUGCGUACCUGGACAAGGUACGAGCUCUAGAAGAGGCAAAUUCAGAUUUAGAAGUUAAAAUCCGAGACUGGUAUCAGAAGCAAGCUCCCAGCAGCCCCGCCCGGGACUACAGUAAUUACUACAAAAUAAUUGAAGACCUCCGAGACAAGAUUCUUGCAGCUACUAUUGACAAUUCCAGAGUAAUUUUGGAGAUUGACAAUGCCAGGCUGGCUGCAGAUGACUUCAGACUGAAGUAUGAGAACGAGUUGUUCCUGCGCCAGAGUGUGGAGUCCGACAUCAACGGCCUGCGCAGGGUCCUGGACGAGCUGACCCUGUCCAGAGCUGACCUGGAGAUGCAGAUUGAAACACUGAAGGAGGAGCUGGCUUAUCUAAAGAAGAACCAUGAGGAGGAAAUGAAGGAGUAUUCCAAUCAGCUGAGUGGAACAGUCAACGUGGAAAUGGAUGCCGCUCCUGGUGUCGACCUGACCAGAAUUCUUGCUGAGAUGAGGGAACAGUAUGAGGCUCUGGCUGAAAAGAACCGUAAAGAUGCCGAGGCCUGGUUCUUCACUCAGACUGAAGAACUGAACCGUGAAGUCGCCUCUCACACAGAACUGAUCCAGACCAGCAAAUCAGAGAUCACAGAACUGAGACGCACGGUCCAGGGCCUGGAGAUCGAGCUCCAGUCGCAGCUCAGCAUGAAAGCUGGGCUGGAAGCCAACCUGCGAGAUACAGAGGCACGGUACUGCGCACAGCUGGCCCAGAUUCAGGCCCUCAUCACCAGCGUGGAGGAGCAGCUGAGUGAACUCCGGUGCGACAUGGAGCGUCAGAACCAGGAGUACAAAAUGCUCAUGGACAUCAAGAGUCGCCUGGAGCAGGAGAUCGCCACGUACCGCCAGUUGCUGGAGGGCCCGGACGCUCAGUACGUUACUACAUAA